AUGGUGUUUCUACCGCUGCUUCAUCUUCUUCUUAUAGUCAUCACUUGCUUCGCUUAUUUUGUGCAGCCACUUUGCCAUAAUGAUGACAGCGUUGCCUUGUUGGAGCUCAACAGCAGUGUUAUUAUUGGCAAGUUUGCUUCUAAAAAUCCUUUUGCAUAUCCCAAAGUUUCAUCCUGGAGACUAGAAGGGAAUAGAGAUUGCUGCUCAUGGGAUGGCGUAGAGUGCGAUGCUGACACAGGUCGUGUCGUUGCUCUAGACCUUAGCAGCAGUUUCCUUCAUGGUUCAAUAAACUCCACCAGCAGCCUCUUCAACCUUACUCAACUUCAAAGGCUUAACCUUGCUGAUAAUGAUUUUAACUUCUCUCAUAUCCCUUCUGCAAUGGGUCAUCUUUCAAGGUUAACAUAUCUCAACCUUUCUCAUUCAUCUUUUUGUGGUCAAGUUCCAUUUGAGAUCUCAGGACUCUCAAAUCUGUCUUUCCUUGAUCUGUCUUACAAUGAUUUGGAAUUGAAGAGUCCAAAUUUGAGUAGGUUGGUUAGAAAUUUAAUAAAGCUGAAACAACUUCAUCUUACUUAUGUUGAUAUAUCCUCCACAGUGCCUAGCUUUUUGGCAAAUUUCUCUUCAUUAACGUCCUUACUUCUAAGUGAUUGCGGAUUGCAAGGUGAGUUCCCAAACGGAAUUUUUCAACUUCCAAACCUACAAGUUCUUAAUUUGAGGAACAACCGUGGUCUUACUGGCUAUCUACCUGAAUUUCACUCUAAUAGUUCUUUUGAGGUAUUGCUACUUUACAACACAAGUUUUUCUGGAAAAAUACCCACUUCCAUUCAAAACCUUCAUUUAAUGCUUCAGUUAGAUUUUGGAGCCUGUAGGCUUUCAGGGUUGGUUCCAUCUUCGCUUGGUAAACUAACCAGGCUUACUUUGUUGGACCUUUCAGAAAAUAAUUUUGAGGGAAAUCAAUUCCCUUCUUUUCUUCAAAACCUCACCCAGCUCACCACUUUAUGGCUAACAAAAUGUCAGUUAACGGGUGAAAUUCCAGGUUGGCUUGGAAAACUUACCCAAUUAACUUAUCUUGGACUUUAUAUAAAUAAUUUGCAUGGUCACAUCCCAUCAUCCCUUGGUAAACUAACAAGCCUCACCUAUUUGGACCUUGCAGUAAACGAUUUUGAGGGUCAAAUCCCUUCUUUUCUUCGAAACCUCACCCAACUCACUGUGUUAUUGCUUGAUGAUAGUCAAUUCACGGGUGAAAUUCCAUCUUGGUUUGAAGCUUUUACCCUUUUGAAUCAUCUAAAUCUUGGAAUGAAUAAAUUGCAUGGUCUUAUCCCAUCUUCCCUUGGUAGACUAAGUAGCCUCACUUAUUUGGACCUUUCAGCAAACAGUUUCAAGGGCCACAUCCCCUGUUUUCUUCGAAACCUCACGAACCUUGAAUACCUUUCUCUUCAUGACAAUGAAUUGAGUGGCACAUUGAACUUUGACAUGUUUCUUGGCAUGAAAAAUCUAAACACGCUUUUAUUAGGGCGUAACAAGUUGUCUAAACUUGUCCACACUAGCAAAAUGAAUGCGAAUGUUCCAAGGUUCCAAAGUUUAGACUUGAGUUCAAGCAAUUUAACCAAAUUCCCUGAUUUUUUAAGGUAUCAAGAUAGAUUAGAGUGGUUGGCUUUAUACGGAAACAAGAUACAUGGUGAAGUACCCAGAUGGAUAUGGAACAUGAGCACAGAGACAAUGGCCAAUGUGGACAUUUCUGACAACUCCUUGACAGGCUUUGAACAAACUCCAGUUUUCAUCGCUUGGGUUCACUUGAUCAGCUUAGAUCUCUCAUUCAACAAACUAAAAGGCCAGUUACCGAUUCCUCCACCGUCCAUCGUGGACUACCAUGUCUCAAACAACAAACUGACCGGAAAAAUUUCUCCCUUCUUCUGCAAUCUGAGUUCCCUUCUAGUGCUUGAUUUGUCUAAUAACCAAUUGACAGGUAAGCUUCCACAAUGUUUGGAAAAUUUCAGGAAUACUUUACUGGUCUUGAAUAUGAGUAACAACCAUUUUCAUGGUAGCAUUCCCCAAUUGUGUCCAAAUGGAAGCAAUGUGAGAAUGAUUGAUCUAAGCCACAAUCAGUUUCAAGGACGUUUACCACAAAUGUUGGCCAAUUGUACGAUGCUGGAAGUUCUCAAUCUCGGGAACAAUCGAUUCAAUGAUGUUUUCCCUUCAUGGUUAGGGACUCUUCCAAACUUAAGGCUACUUGUACUUCGAUCCAACAACCUCCAAGGAGUGAUAAGGAAACACAGCAACCCUGGUUUUUCUAGUCUGCAUGUUUUUGAUAUCUCCAAUAACAGUUUUAAAGGUGAAUUGCCAUCUGAAUUCUUUAAAAAUUUGAAGGCCAUGAGAUUUAAAGAUGCUGCCAAUUCAUCGUAUCUGGUGGCAAACUUUAGUUUUGUUGUAAAGGCCGUUCCAUGGAGGGAUGAAUUUGCUUACUCAAUAACCAUAACAAACAAAGGCAGGGUUAUGCUUUAUGAGAAGAUCCAAGAAGCUUUUGUAGUCAUUGACGUUUCAAAUAACAGAUUUGAGGGAUCAAUUCCAGAGAGUUUCGGUAUCCUACAAGGGCUUCAUGUGCUUAAUCUUUCGAACAACAUUCUCACUGGUAAAAUCCCAUCAUCCUUUGGAAGCAUAACAAAUCUUGAAUCACUUGAUCUUUCAAACAACAACCUCUCAGGACAUAUCCCUACACAACUUGGACAAUUGACAUUUCUUGCUGUCUUUAAGGUCUCUUAUAACCAUCUGAUUGGACCUAUACCCCAAAUGAACCAACUUAUCACAUUUGAUGUCAGUUCAUAUGAGGGGAACCUGGGAUUAUGCGGAAUUCCAUUGCCAAAAAAGUGUGAAAGUUCAGUACCUCCUUCAGGUUUUCAAGAUGAACAAGAUUCAAACUCUGCAUUGGAGCUUUAUUGGAUGACAAUUGUGCCAGGAUAUGUGAGUGGGCUAGUAAUUGGAGUGGUUAUUGGGCAGAUAUUUGCAACCAAGAAGCAUGACUGGUUUGUGGAGACUUUUGGGCAGGCGAAAUUAAAAGGCAGAAGGGUGAAAAGGGGUCGGCGAAGAAGGUGA